AUGUCAAACCCAGGAUCUCGGCCUCCUCUUUUCCUCCUUGCUGUGUUUAUCUUGGCCCUCCAGUGGUCUGAGGAAACAACAGCCUUUCCUACCAUGCCCCUCUCCAGCCUGUUUGCUAAUGCAGUACUCAGAGCCCAGCAUCUUCACCUGCUUGCAACAGACACAUUCAAGGAAUUUGAACGUUCCUACAUCCCAGAAGACCAACGACACUCCAACAAGAACUCUCAAUCUGCAUUCUGUUACUCCGAAACUAUUCCUGCACCUACAGGGAAGGAUGAUGCCCAGCAGAAAACAGACAUGGAGCUGCUCAGGUUCUCACUGACCCUCAUUCAAUCAUGGCUAGGUCCUGUCCGGUACCUAAGCAGGAUGUUCAGUAACAGCCUAGCCCUUGGAACCUCAGACAGAGUCUAUGAAAAGCUCCAGGACCUGGAGGAAGGGAUCCAGGCUCUCAUGCGGGAGCUGGAGGAUGGGAGCUCCCGUGGUGUUCAGCUUCUCAGGCCAACCUAUGAAAAAUUUGAUGGCAACCUCAGGAAUGAAGGCUCUUUGCUGAAAAACUAUGGCCUGCUCUCUUGCUUCAAGAAGGACCUGCACAAGGUAGAGACCUAUCUGAAGGUUAUGAAGUGCAGGCGUUUUGGGGAAGUUAACUGCACCAUCUGA